GGUGCUUUUGUCAUCCCUGUGGGCGAAUCAAUCACCACGUUUUUCCAGCCCAAGGAUGGCAACUUUGUCACGCCUCCAUUCAUGACGUUUCACAAACACGGCGCUGCGGGGCUUGGCACCCUGGUCGAGCCUGAGAAGUUCCUGUUCAAUGAUGUAGACGCUUCUACGGCGCAGAAAUAUACGCCAGGUCUAACUGCGUCGCCCAUCCUGGCUACCAAGCUGUCAAAUGACGCCUACUCGGCCCUCCCAUGUGCAUACCUUGUCCUCGAGGGCGACAUGACCCUGCCGAAAGAGUACCAAGAAGGAAUGGCCGCGCUCCAGGGUUCCAAAACGGGAGAGUUCACCAUCUACAGAUGCCCCGCCGGGCACUCUGCUCAUCUAAGCUGGACUGAAGGAGUUGUUGACACCGCUGUUGAAUUUGUGCAGAAGAUCCGGGCUUAGUCUAGCAUUUUGACCGCAGAAACUGUAGAUACUACUUUACGCACAUAAAAGUGAGAACUGAACUUCUGUCUUGGUGAUGUGUUUUCAUCACUUA